CACCACAACAACACUUGGCAUUUGCAAUUAACUAAUUAAAGAGAUUAAAAGAGAGAUGGCGGCAGCAUGGUUGCAAGUGGUGGUUGCUAUGGUGGUGUUGGUGGCUUGUGGUUUUCCUGCCACAAUCGAGUGUCGUAUUCGUAAUUACAAAUUCAAUGUGGUGAUGACUAAUACCACAAGACUAUGUGCAAGUAAGCCGAUCGUAACGGUUAACGGUCGUUUCCCCGGUCCCACUUUAGUUGCCAGGGAAGACGACACGGUGACAGUCAAAGUGGUCAACCAUGUCAAAUAUAAUGUUUCCAUUCACUGGCAUGGGGUGCGACAACUAAGAACCGGAUGGGCAGAUGGUCCUGCAUACAUAACCCAAUGCCCGAUUCAGCCUGGAGGAACCUAUGUAUAUAAGUUCACUCUAACGGGUCAAAGGGGCACACUUUGGUGGCAUGCACAUGUUUUAUGGCUAAGGUCCACCGUCCAUGGUGCCAUUGUCAUCUUGCCUAAGCUAGGGGUCCCCUACCCUUUUCCCAAACCAAACAAGGAAGUUGUCGUUGUCCUAGGAGAAUGGUGGAAAUCAGAUACCGAAGCUGUGAUUAACCAAGCACAAAAGUCCGGACAAGCUCCGAAUGUUUCAGAUGCUCACACCAUCAACGGGAAUCCUGGACCUAUUCCGAAUUGCUUAGCAAACGGUGGGUUCAAGGUAGCGGUGGAUCAAGGGAAGACUUAUAUGCUAAGAAUCGUGAAUGCUGCGCUGAAUGAAGAGCUUUUCUUCAGGAUUGCAGACCAUAAACUUACAGUCGUUGAGGUUGACGCUGUUUAUGUCAAACCUUUCACCACAGACACGAUUCUUAUAGCACCAGGUCAGACAACCAACGCCAUCGUAACCGCCACUCAAAAAGCCGGAAAGUACCUGGUUGCGGUCUCCCCAUUCAUGGAUGCACCAAUUACCGUCGACAAUUUGACAGCCACCGCCUCUCUUCGUUACUCCGGUGUUCUCACUUCCACCGCCACCAAACUGGUGGCUCCUCCACCGCAAAACUCAACUCCGGUGGCCAACACCUUCAUAAACUCCCUUAGAAGUUUGAAUUCAGCAACAUACCCAGCGAAAGUCCCGUUAACAGUCGAUCAUUCGUUGUUUUUCACAAUCGGAUUGGGAAUCAAUCCUUGCUCGACUUGUGUGAAUGGUAGUCGGGUGGUGGCCGACAUUAAUAAUAUCACGUUUGUCAUGCCGACAACCGCUCUACUGCAAGCUCAUUACUUUAACAUAAGUGGGGUUUUUACAGAUGAUUUUCCAAGUAAACCAUUGAUGCCGUAUAAUUACACAGGCACACAACCCAAGAAUUUGGCAACAAAUAAAGGUACAAAGCUGUAUCGACUUGCUUAUAACUCUACUGUGCAACUGGUUUUGCAAGACACCGGGAUGAUUGCGCCGGAAAGUCAUCCGGUUCAUUUACAUGGAUUCAACUUUUUCGUUGUGGGGAGGGGUAUAGGGAACUUUAACCCGAAUAAAGAUCCGAAAAGCUUCAAUCUUGUUGACCCUGUUGAAAGGAACACGGUUGGUGUUCCGGCGGGUGGAUGGACUGCUAUAAGAUUCAAAGCAGAUAAUCCAGGGGUAUGGUUUAUGCAUUGUCAUCUGGAAGUACACACGACAUGGGGACUGAAAAUGGCGUUUGUUGUCGACAAUGGGAAAGGCGCAAAUGAAUCUGUAAUCCCACCUCCAAGUGAUCUUCCCAAGUGCUGAGACCAUUUUUUAGGGAUAUUCAUAUUAGAAUUUUGUGUUCUUUUGGGUAGCCCAAUUUAAUUGGGCUGCUUAGAGUUGAAUAAAUCAAAGCCCGACUAUAUUUGGUUUUGACUUUUUGAGUGAUCUUUUUUGUUUUUUUUUCUUUACUAAAGCAUAUGGGUUGAUGUAUUAUUGUAAUUAUCUAUAAAUACGAAAGUAAGGCUUUUAAAUUUA